CGAUUCGUUUUAUCCCUAUCGCAGAAAUGUACGUCGCGUUAUUUCUCCUAUAUCCCAUUAACCUAAAUCUGGGUGUUAAAUCUGAUGUUAAAUAAACACAGGAAUACUUUUUUAAACCUAGUGGUCACACGUUUACAUCAAUAUUUACAAAUGGAACCAGUACAGUGCCUGUUUUAUGAUUGGUUCGUUUUGAGCACAUUUUUCCAUUUCAAAGGAAGUAAAAGUGUUAAAAAGUGACAUAAUUAAAUUGGAUUUAAAAGUAAUUGAUAAUCUGAGCUACUAAAACAUUGCUGCGCGGCUAUAAUAUUUACAUGAAUUUAAUACAAUCAAGUCAUGGGAUAAAUAAAUAUUCAAAUCGUCCAUCUAUUUAUUGCAAUUUACAAUGAUUCUAUCUCAGUUUUAUCGAUCGUAUAUGUGAUAUAUAGUAAUUCAAAAUAAGAGAUUGUAUCUAAAAUUUGCGUCAAUUUAAAAAGGACUGACGAAUUAUAGACAUUAAUAAAAGUGGGACAAACGAAAAUCAUUGGGUCGAUAGACUGUUGCGUGUUAGUUUUAAAACAUGUGUUUGAAAAGUGUUUCGGAUUAUUUUACGGUUAUCUAUCUGUACGAUUAAUAUUACUAUCAGACAUACUUAAACGAGAAAAUGAGCAAUAGCGAGUCGUCAUACAUGGCGUUUGUCGUGAAAAAUGAAUCAAAAAUUUCGCGAUUGCGAUUUGUGCAAACAGAAGCCGUUGGCAAUUGAACAUGGGCUGACUGGGUUCGCUUCUAAAUGAUAAUAGUGAUUGAUUGAAAAUAAUCCAGCAUGUAAUGAAAAAAUCGUCCUAUCGCCAUCAAAGAUGAUGUAAUUUUGUUUGAUGAAUCAUAUGAUGCUGACUAUAAUAUUCAUAUUAUGGUCAUUUAUUCGGAGUUUUGCAAAGACUGCCAAGUCGACGCCAGAAAAAUCUGCACCCAUCCCUCAAACUAUGGAACAGGUUCCUGAGGAAGAACCACCUCAUUAUUCACCGGAACCCACCUAUUCCCCUAGUCCAAGUCCUGAACCUGGUGAGCUUUUGAGUGAGAUGUCAAAUCCUACUAGCAGAAUUUCUAGCGAUAGUUACAGGUCAAGAUCAGAAUCUUCGCCGUACUUGACAAAAUUGCAUCACCAACAACAGAAAAACACUUCCAAACCUUCAACGACAACAUCGUCCAGAUAUUCGUUGUACUCGAGAGAAUCCUCUGUUGAAGUGGGCAACGAAAGUCGACAAUCCGUCACUAGCUUAUCGUCUUAUUCGACGUCGUCCAGACACUACGACUUUAUCGGUCAACGAUCGAUCGAUUCAAGAGCGAGCGUGACUAGUCUGUGGUCUUCAGACUUUUCAUCAAGAAGAGAUUCAGAAGCUGUUCGCGAGAAUGAAAUUGACUCGAGUGACUCUACCAGAGCUUCCUUUGCUUCGGCAGGAUCAUUAGUGUCUUCCGAUAACAAUAGGCGAUACUCUGAAGGAGUUGCCAAAAGAAGAAGGUCAUCGGCUCGAGCGGCACAAAUUAGAAGAUUUAUAAGAAGAGCACCAUUUAGCUACGAUAGGAGAACUACUGGAAGUUUUGAUGUUGAAAAUGGAGCGAGCCCAGGGCGUAGCCCACUUGACGGUUCCGCGUCACCUUCUGCGGGAUUGGUACUUCAAAAUCUCCCCCAACGACGGGAGAGUUUUCUCUACAGGUCCGAUAGUGAUUUCGAAAUGUCUCCCAAAUCGAUGUCGCGAAAUUCGUCCAUUGCCAGUGAAAGAUUUAAGGAGACCGAAAACAUUUUGGACAGAUCCCAUGGCGAAGAUCUUAUCGUCACCCCAUUUGCCCAAGUUCUCGCCAGCUUGCGAAGCAUUCGCAACAACUUUCAGUGUCUCACUAAUGUACCGUCGAAUAAAUCCAAGCGGUCAUCUGGAGCCGCCAACACUUGGUUUCCCCAGUCACGUAAUUUAACUCCCGGAGAUGACGCAUACAUGAAGCUGGCUACGGAAACUAUGGAGGAACUCGAUUGGUGUUUGGACCAAUUGGAAACUAUCCAAACGCAUAGAUCUGUAUCAGAUAUGGCUUCGCUUAAGUUCAAGCGUAUGCUGAAUAAAGAGCUUUCUCAUUUUUCCGAAUCCAGCAAAUCCGGGAACCAAAUUUCAGAAUAUAUUUGUUCAACUUUUUUAGACAAGCAACAAGAAUUAGAUAUUCCUUCUUUCAAUGUCGAUGAGGGCGCUGAACCAUCCAAAACAGUAGUCCAUGAGCGCCCUCGAGGUCCUGCUACAAUGUCACAAAUUUCCGGUGUGAACAGAAAACUAUGUCACACUAAUUCAUUCACUGGCGAAAAAUUGCCGACUUAUGGGGUUGAAACACUCUACGAGGAGGAUUUAGGAAAAUGUUUAAUGGAAAUCGAUCGCUGGGGAGUCGAUAUAUUCCGUAUCUUGGAAUUUAGUAACGAACGACCAUUGACCAGCGUGGCAUAUGCCGUAUUCAAUCAGCGAGAGCUUCUGAAAACUAUGAUGAUCUCUCCGAAAACAUUCAUCACAUAUAUUAUGACGGUUGAAGACCAUUAUGUAAAAGAAAACCCUUUCCACAACUCUCUACAUGCCGCUGAUGUAACACAAAGUACCCACGUGCUUCUCAAUACACCAGCUUUGGAGUCGGUGUUUACGCCGUUAGAAAUAACUGCUGCCCUAUUUGCUGCUUGUGUACACGAUGUCGACCACCCUGGCCUUACUAAUCAAUUCCUAAUCAACUCAAGUUCUGAACUUGCUCUAAUGUAUAAUGAUGAAAGCGUGCUUGAAAAUCAUCACCUGGCAGUGGCUUUCAAACUGUUGUCCAACGAUGGCUGCGACAUAUUUCUUAAUAUGACAAAAAAACAAAGACAAACGCUGAGAAAAAUGGUUAUUGAUAUGGUAUUAAGCACAGACAUGUCUAAACACAUGAGUUUGCUAGCAGAUUUAAAGACAAUGGUGGAAACCAAAAAGGUGGCGGGAUCGGGUGUCUUGUUGCUGGACAACUACACUGAUAGGAUUCAAGUAUUAGAAAAUUUAGUACAUUGUGCGGAUCUUAGCAAUCCGACCAAACCACUUCCUUUAUAUAGACGUUGGGUUGCUCUACUCAUGGAAGAGUUCUUUCGACAAGGAGAUAAAGAACGCGAAGCUAAUAUGGAUAUAAGUCCAAUGUGCGACCGACAUUCCGCUACAAUAGAAAAAUCUCAAGUAGGUUUUAUCGAUUACAUUGUUCAUCCUUUAUGGGAGACUUGGGCAGAUCUAGUUCAUCCCGACGCUCAAGAUAUUCUUGACACACUCGAGGAGAAUCGAGAUUGGUAUCAAAGUGCUAUACCUGCUAGUCCACCCCCUGAUGAUGAACCGGCAGAUCAUCAACGGCCCGGAAUUCGAUUUCAGGUAACAUUAGAAGAAGGUGACGCAGAAUUGGAAUCUGAAUCGACUCCGAUGUGACGGAUGUUACCAAGUUUGUGUCGAAAGUUAAAUGAAAAAGUGCAGCAAUGGUGGCGCGUACGACCGUAAAAAGACGCUGGCGUCUACAAUCAGCCGUAUGGAGGCACACCAAUUUUAACGAAAGCACGCUGGCGUGUUUUUGUAUCAUUUUCUCUCAUCACUUGAGUAAUUGGAUUGUCUUGACUGGGGAAAUAAUAUCAUUUACCGAACUGUAAUCUGAACUUCUUGUAGACUUGUGAACGUUGAACAUAGUUAGAAGUAUUAUUAAAUUCAAUUUUGUUUACGAAAUGUUUAAAAGUAAAUUUAUUGUCAUCAUAGUAAUAGUAAACUUCAUAAUACCUAUUACUAAAUAUUCCCCUUUUGUGUAGAUAUACUGAUAUUAAUUUAUUUUAUUCUAAAUCUGGUUGCAGUGCAUCAAUUAGAACAAACUAGAAGAGUGAAAACAGCAAAUAUUUCUAACUAUUUUCAAGUAAGGAUAAUUUAUUAUCCUAUAAGUACAGUCGGUAGGAUCUAUCUUUUUGUACUGUAUUCUUCACUACUAAGCGUUAAACAUGUUUUCCCCUUUUGUCAACUCCUUUGACAUACAUUGCCUUAAGUGCACAAAAGGAUAAUUACCGAGUCCAUUCCCUUUUCUGAUGUUUCGUUUGUAAAUACCAUAACAAAAAAUACCAGUGUAAUACUCACCUCACCAUGUAUACAUAGUAUUAUGUGUUUUGUCAACUAUGUUAAAAAUUAAAGCUCUUCAUUUUAGUAAGGUCUCUUAUUCCCAUAAUCUUAAAAAACGA